AUGGAAGCAACAUUAGACUGCAGGCUGCCUCGCCAAAACAGCAACACAGACAUUACCACUGCCACUAAUGAUGGGAAUGUUGUGUAUUAUUGGGAAGAAGUCCAUGGAAGCUCAAGCAAUGGUUCCUACAGUGUCUCUGAUAAAACAGAAGGUACUGAAUUGCCAUAUUGGACUAGUUCCAAUGGUGAAAAGUUCUUUUUUACUUACGAGAUGGAGAACGUAUUUUCUCAAAAGAGGGUUGAGAUUAACCACCACGAUGAGGGUGCUUGGGAAAUGAAGGAUCUUAGUUCUUCACCUUCCAAGCAGUCCGCUGAGGAAAGUGGAAUAUUGGCUAAGCAUCGGAAAGUUAAGCUGACAGAUCUUGCAGGGGUGUCUGAGAGGAAGGGUGCACAGGAAGUCUACUGUCCGAACUGCAAAUCUUGCACCACAGAGGUUCUCAUUGGCGAAAGAGAAUCAAACCCUCCGAGUCCACCACUUCCUAAGCCAGAAGAAGCAGCUGCUAGUACUCCACCAUUUCCUGAGCUUAAAGAACAUUCAACUCCAUCAGUUCCGGAACAAGAAAAAUCAAGAACUCCACCAUUUCCUGAGCUAAAAGAAGCUCCUAUUCCCCAAGUUCCGCAACUAGAAAAACCAAGAACUCCACCACAUCCUCAGCUAGAAGAACCAAUCAGAUGCGUUUCGUGCUUUAGUCUCCUAUCUUGUACAGGCGAUUGGAUCUUUCGCCGACCAGUCCCUACUGAGCAAGUUAUUACUGUGCCGGAAGAGCAAACGGCACCACGAGAUUCUAAUAGUAGGAAGUUGGAUAUCAUCAAAAGCAUCGUUUACGGUGGUUUAACUGAAGCAAUUGCAAGCUUAAGUAUUGUGGCAUCCGCAGCUAGUGCUGAUACUCCCACACUGAACAUUUUCCUUUUGGCACUGGCAAACUUGUUUGGUGGUCUCUACAUCAUUGGACACAAUCUUUGGGAACUGAAAGUUGAUCAAGCGGAAGGUAAAUAUCAAGAAGUACUCGGGAACAAGGAGAAUUUCUUCCUUCAUGCCCCAGCAGCUAUAUUGUCGUUCCUCAUUUUUGGGUUGCUACCUCCUUUGAUAUAUAGCUUCUCAUUCCUUGAGAGCGACAACAGAAACCUAAAGAUCGCAGUAGUCGCAGCAUCGUCUCUUUUAUGCAUCAUACUUCUUGCAAUUGGAAAGGCUUACAUCCAGACGCCACCAAAGAAGUACACCAAAACUGUGCUGCACUACGUCGUUGUGGGGGUUGGGGCCGCCGGUGUCUCUUACUUAGCCGGAUACCUAAUUGGCAAACUCGUGGAGAAACAUGGCUGGUUCGACCCAACUACUAAUUGAGAUAAGGACAUGCAUGUCUGUUAAUUAAUUAAUGGUGCAUUGGUGCCCCAUCAUAUACCUCUUUUCAGCAAAAAUUUACUUUCUUACAGCAAGCACAAUAUAUCAAGGGAAAUGGAUUGUAUGCACCUUCAAUAUUUCUA